UGCCGACCGUGGAGCCAUCAACAUGAAGACCUGGUCCCUGACUUUAGUGGUUCUAUUCCUGGCCAGCUGCUGCUGGGCUGCUCCUUCUAACCAGCCAAGGAUUGAAACCGAUCCUGAGCUGACAGCUGGCUAUAUUGAGGGCGACAUGGUUCCCAGUCCGCAGGGAAGGAAUGGACUUCGCAAUGAAGCCUACAGAUGGCCCAAUCGCAUUGUCUAUUACCACAUCAAUCGCGAUAUUGAUGCCGAACAUCGUGACCACAUUCUGCGAGGCAUUCGCAUAAUUGAGCAAAGUUCUUGCUUGGUUUUCAAGGAGGCCACCACUGAUCAGGCAUAUUACGUGAACGUAACCUCGGAGGCGGGAGGAUGUUACUCAUAUGUGGGCCAUCUCAACCGAGUGCAGCAGCUGAAUCUGCAGAAUUAUGCCCUGGACACGGGCUGUUUCCGUCUGGGCACAAUUGUCCAUGAGUUCCUCCACGCCCUGGGUUUCUACCACCAGCAGAGCACAUGGAAUCGCGAUGAAUACGUUCGCAUCGCUGAGGAGAACAUUACCGAGGGCACCGAGGGCAACUUCAACAAGUACGAUAACGAAACCGUCGAGGACUACGGCGAACCCUACGACUACUCCAGUGUGCUGCACUACACGGCGUAUGCGUUCUCUAAGAACGGCGAGAUGACCAUUGUGCCGCUGCAGGAGGGAGCCGAGGAGCUAAUGGGACAGCGACUGCAAAUGACCCAGUCCGAUAUUAACAAGCUGAAUGUCAUGUACAAGUGCCCCAGGCAGGUGUAAUAAGUAGAAGGAGUUUUUAAAAAUAAAAACGCUUUUAUUAUAA